UACACAAAACAGCUCUGGGGGCUGCUGAAGUCCAGAAUGAAGCAAAGAGCAGCAGAAGCGAGUGCUGCAGUGGGAGCAGAGUAGGCACCGGCAGGGAUUCCCACCCUGGGGAGAAUUCUGCAGCUCCAUUCCUUCUGGGGAUUGAUUCUCCGGCACAGCCAGGAGGGAACUAUCUGGGCUUGACAGAAAGUCCUUCACCAGGGGAGGGAGAGCGCUGAGUAGCCAGAUGGAAGAGCAGCACUAAAUUUGCCCCCUUUUUCUGCUGACCUGGAGCAAAAGGAGUUUGGAGCCAAGGAUAGUCUCUGGGAUGGAUGCUGGCAUUUAGUCAUCUGAUCUGACUCAUUUUGCCUCCAGGAAGGGCAAGCAAUGGCUGCCAAAGGGGUGGAAUCCACACCCAUGCCACCCGUAGCCCAGUCCAGGAUGGAGAACUUCAGGAAGGUCAAGACGUCAGAGCAGGAUAGCCCACUGCCCUUCCCAGACUUGCCCCCUGGUGUGGUGGAGAUGAAAGUGAAGGAGGGCAGCAAGAUCAGGAAUUUGAUGGGCUUUGCCAUGGCCAGGAUGGAGCUGAAGGGCACCCGGCAGAUAGUCUUCAGUGGCUGUGGUCGGGCAGUCACCAAAACCAUCACCUGUGUGGAGAUCAUGAAGAGGAAGCUGGGGGGCCUCCACCAGGUCACCAAGGUGCGUUAUAAGACCCUGCUGGAGGUCUGGGAGAACAAGGACCCUCAGCCUGAUGGCCAAGUGGAGAAACUGACCGUCCACAAGAAUGUGCCUUCCAUCUGUAUCCUAUUGUCCAAGGACCCCCUGGACCCCAAUGAGAUGGGCUACCAACCUCCGGAGCCCAGGGAUGGGCUGUGGGCUGAAGAUGGGGGAACAGAGGAAGAUAGACUCAGUUCACUUCCGCAAGGGGUGAAGAGACCUUUGGCACUUCCGCACGGGGAGCUGACUAACAAGAAAAUGCAGGUACAGGUACCAGAGAGUCAAAAGGGCUUGGGGACUAUGGACUACAUGCUGGACUAUCAUCACUGACUCACCCCCACCCCCCAGAGAAAUAACUUAAGCCAUAUGUAGUGUACAUAGAAAAGAGAUUAUAUAUUGAAGACACUCUAGAUUUUUAGACGCUUUGUAAUCAAU